AACGUGUUUCUGUUUCCGAACUCUAGGCCUAUAGUGUGCUGCAGUGAAGCUCUUUAUUUUGGUUUUUAUAAAUGUGUUACCGAGUUUUCAUCGCACUAAACUUACACUUAAAAAAUAACAAUUGAAACAAUGUGCCAUUUUAGACCAGAGACAAGUGUGGAUUUUCUAUAAAACUUUAAAGACGUCUUGUCUACCGUUUCAAAAUGGCUGAUAUAUUUCCCGUCGAUGACGUCGCUGCCAUAAGAAGCUAUCUCAAACUUGACGACAAUGAAAAUGUCGUCACUAAAACACGAUUUGCAGAACUCUUCGCCGACCUCAGCAUGUCGCCCGAGGAGCUUGACGCGAUCUUCCAAGCAUUAGACACGGACGGAGAUGACGCAAUCUCCUUGGACGAUUUACUGAAACACUACAACCGACCGUGCCCACCUCCAAAUAAAGUCUCAGACACUGAUCAAGAUUCUGAUGCUCUCCCGAGUAGAACUAACUGCCAUGCAUUCAGCUUAUCUAACAAACCAAAUGGAUUAUAUGAAAACUUGACUUCUCGGGGGGAUCAUGCUCCUCACGACGGAGACCACCCCAACCAAAGUGCAAUGAAGACACUUAGUCCGUUAGACAAUAAUCCAAUAAGGAGGCCAAGGUCGCUUGAUGCUCGACGCAGGCAUCGCAUAACCCCAACCAGAGAAUAUUCCCAUAGUGAAAACGUUUCACCAACCGUAAAUUUCGGUGAUGAAGACAAUGCAGAAAACCUGUCAAUCAAAUACGACCAAUCAACUCUCACUUCUCAGUUAUCUUCGCGGAUAGCUCGGAAUGUUUCACAGGAUUUGGUGGCGCCAUCGAAAGAUUCAUUGGCGUUGAAUUUUUCAAGCAGGCGUGUGAGAGGCGCACAGAGUUACGAACGAUCCAGUUCGAAUAGUGAUGAAGAACGGCCACCUAAUUUUGAAGAAGGUGUUGUUAGAAACCCUAAGAACAAAGAAACGCCCAGUCCGGGCAUGCGUAGUAGAAAUCAGUUAAUGGUUCCGGAAUCUGACAGAGCGGAAACUCCUGUUGCAGAAAUUAGCAUUUUAUCUCCGUCUAGGUGUGUAUAAUAUCAAGAUGUCAAUAUAAUUACAAGAGCAUCUUAUUUAGCAAUGGGGGCCAACACUUUUUAUUUGCUCUAUAAAAUUUCUUGGCUGUUUCAGAUUUAGCGGCCCACGUCGACUUUGUUAGUUAGGCGUUAGGGUUAGGCAUAGGGAUCGAGGGUUCGGGUUAGGCAUAGGGAUCGAUGUAGGGUUCGGGUUAGGCAUAGGGAUCGAUGUAGGGUUCAGGUUAGGCAUAGGGAUCGAUUUAAGACGUAAAAAUGUGCGUUUCGAGGCAACCAGAGGCUAAUAGACGUGAGCCGCUCUCUCUGAAUUUACCUAUUUCUUUUGCUUCUGGUACUACUACAAGUUUCAUUCCUAUUCUUCUACUGCUUACGAGUUGCUGAAAAAUUUCGCCUUUUAACAAAUUAAUUACUAAAUUAGUUACAAGUCAUACCACAAAAAAAAAAAUAAUUGCAAAGAAUUCGGAAAAGUUGAAGUAGUAAGUUGUAUCUGAAUUAUAGCUUCUAAUAUAAUGCCAAAAAUCAACAUUCAAAUCUAUUAGCACUCUAGAAUAAAAGGGUCAAUAUUUAUGAUUUAUUACAUAUUUUGUACAAAUGAUCAGUUAAAUUUAACUAAUUUAAAUAAGAUUAUAAUAUAACUAUAACCAUCUCUCCUCCUCAGCCAAGAACAAGUGUGUGAGUUAUAUCAGAACUUGCAUAGUGUAGACAAACCAGAACUUGUGUCCCAAUUUGAAAGUAUCCUCCUCAAUGUCAUAAAUGAUGUGCGGCAGUACCAGCUGGAAAAUGAGAGACUUGAAAAAACCUACAGAAGGUAGGGAUUUUUAAAGUGUUAAAUAAUAAGUUGAAUCAAAAUUUGUCAUUUUUUGCAGUGUUAGUUGUCUAUUUAUUAUUUAAGUUGAAUAAGUUUACGAUGCAACAAUGAACUGUUUUGUUCCUUGUAAGUUGUAAGCACAGCCCAGAUGCUUUGAUUGAUUUUCAUUAGUAGGCAUGGGCCUGUCACAAAGAGACCUUCAGAUUUCAAUAUUUAUAAUAACUGCAUCAUUUCUCUUGAAAAUAAACUUAAUAUUUUUGGCACACAAGUUAAUGAUAACAUGCUGCUCUCAAUUGAAAUGCUUAUUAUUAAAGGAUUUCAAAAACAUUUCAUUUAUGUUUGUUUUCAUCAGAGAAAAAGAUGAGCAUGACAAGCACUUGCGGAGACUUGAAGAGGAAAUGGAACAGCAAGUACAGAGUAUUGAAGAAAGGGUUCGUAAACAGGUGAGAUUGCCAUUGGAUUAUGUAGCGAACUGCUGAAAAUAGAUGUUUACAAAUUAAUAAAUGUUUUGUUUAUUUCAUUAUUUUCAAGACCUUACAAGUUCUUAUGUUGAUGAUAAAUCUGACAUCCUUUAAAAUAAACACAAUGGAAAAAAAAAUAGUUUUACAUUUUUAUUCAAAGACAACUUUUAGUACAGAAAAAUUAUUUGUUUUUAAAUACUUUUUUUCUUAUAACAAAUAGUAGGGACAUUUUUAGACUUUGAAGUUGUAGCAGUAAAAUAAUUUUAGAUAUAUGAAGUAUUUAACCUUUAUUGAUGUCAUCAUUUCAGGAAAAAGAAAGAUUGGAAUCAGAAAAGAUAGAACUCAGAAACCAAUUAGAUUCAGAAAUAAUCAUGUUACAACUGAAUCUAAAAAAAUUGCAGCAGGUAAAAAACAUAUUUUAUUUUAGUAGUUUCCAACCUGAUUGUCUCAUCCAUUACUUUGUCUUAUGAAGUGAAUAAAUUUUAAAAAAAUCUUACCCAAUAUACUUUUUUUGUCACUAAAGCAACCUAUCUUUUGACUUUUAUUUAAGGAUAACCCUUUUUAUGUUAGUCCUCUUCUGCCAAUAUUUAUUCCAAUAUUCUUUAUAUAACAAGAAGUAGCCUGAUAGGUGAGAGAUAGAGAAGAUAAAAAUCAACUUAGAUGUUUCAUCCUUGAUGUCCAUAUGGUGAAAAUUGAUUUAUUGACAUUUUUCACUUAAAAUGUCACUAUAAAAGAACAAAAAAAUAAUUUAUUAUUACAAACAAUUUUAAUUAUCUCAGAUAUUUAAAAAGAAAAUCUUAGGGCUUUCAUUCUUCAGAACAAAAAUUGGAAAGACAAAUAAACAAAAUCAUUAAAAACUUUGUAAAUUUUUUUUAAAAUUUGAGCUAUUUUUUUUAGACCUGGCUGAAGUAAGUAAGCUGUUUUUCAUAUGGGCUGAUGUACAAUUUUAGUUACAUUUUCCUCUUUAUGUUUCUUGUUUAUUUAACUUUGCUAUGUAAAGGUAUAUCUCAUCAUAUAACUUCUAUUUCAGGAUGGUGAGAACAAAUUAGACAAAGGUCAGGAAGAGCAUUUAAUGAACCUGAAAAAAAGACUGGAAGAAAUUGCAUCUGAAAACCGAAUGCUAAAAUCAGAAUUGACUGAUGCACAAACAAAUUUAGCAUUGAUUAGAAGCCAGAUGACUGCAGUGAAACAGCAGCUAGAUGAGAAAAAUUACGAGUUAGAAGUGUAAGUGGAGGCUUUUGUAAGAUUUGAUAAUACACUUUAUAAGCAAUCGACAUAACAUCUUGUUAGAAUUUCAUUGGCACUGUUAACAACACCAACAUGUCAAUUUUUUUUUCUCAUUAAUAUUUAAUAUUCUGUUAGCACUAAAAAAUGUUGCAUUCUACGCUGCAUUGAUCAGAGUUGAUUCACAAGUCUAUAAAUAUAUCUGAAGAUUGUAGGCCUAGUGUUAUCUAUUUUAAUAUUUUACUCAAAAGGCUCUUGUGUUCCCAGAGCUUCAAUACAAGGUCCUGUGGCUUUCAGUGGUCCUGUGGCUAUCAGUGGUCCUGUGGCUAUCAGUUCAAAAUCUUAAUGGGCUAAAUUUAACAUCCAAAAAUCCCAAGUUUACUUUAACUUAAGUUUAAAAAUAUUAUAGACAAAAGGGAAAUGGCUACAGCAAAAAUAAAGUGCAAAUAUUUUAUUGCAACUUUUCUAUACCAAAAAGUGAGAAAUAAAGGAAUUGCAUAUGAGAUUUUAUUUUGAGUAGGUCUACACAUCAGUGAUUUGUCACUUUAACCGUCAUUGAAAUAUUCAUGGCUUUACGAGUAUAUUCAAAUGUAACACAAAAUAGUAAUCAGCUGUUUUAAUAGGCUAUUGAGUUUCAGAGAAAUUCAUUCUUACCCAGUCAUUUAUUUUUAUUUAGAUUUAAAUUCAACUUUGCCAUAAUGAUUCUUUGUUUCAGCGGUAGCAAAACUAUAGAGGAAUAUUUAAUUGAGACUGUUAAAUUAAAGAGACAGCUGCAGCUGCUCCAGUAAGUAUAGAGAUGAAAUCCUCCCCAUCCAUCUAGCAAUGUCUUUCAUAUCCCACCCCUUUUGUACAUUUCAGUGAAAACAAAACCAUUGAGGAUUAUGUAAAUGAGCAGGACAAACUCAGACGGCAACUUCAGAUGUUACAGUGAGUAUAGGUUAAUCAUGACAGAAGCCUGUCAUAAAAAAAAUUCAAACAAUUUAUAAAGGGAUAUUGUGGGAUAAGAUUUUUUUAAUAUAAAAUUUAAACUAAUGAAUAAUAUUCAAUCUUAGAAUAAAUCAUUUACUAAAACUUUUCAUCCCAUUCCUCAAAGCUUAGGAUUUUGGUUACGGUAUCAGAUAGUAAUUUAUUUGUGAGCAGAGCCUGUGAGUUCUCAGAUUAAUAUCCCCACAUUCUAUUAUUACCUAAAUUAAAUGUAAAGGUAAUAGAAGAAUUUCUGAAAUAUAGCAAGUUGUCAUCACUAAAAUAAGACUCAGCCCUAAAUUAAUGAAUUUAUUUCUAUAUUAUAGGUAACCAUCAUUUGCAUACUGUUUUUUUAAGUAAGGGUAUUGUGUAAUGUAUUUUGUCUUUCUUGAUAUUGAAAGGAACAAUUAAAGAAAAAUUAAUUAUUGUGAGAUAUUUUUUUCUUGAAACAAGAAACAUGUUAUACAGCAGUUUAAAUGUCUGCAUAUUCAUUUAUUUGUAAGAAUUCAAAUAUAAUCUUAUCUCUGUUGCCAAAAGAAACCCAAUGAAUUAGAUAGAAGUAAUUAAUUUUCACUGUAAUUUUACAACAUUUUAAGCAUAUAUUUAAAGGUGUACAAAUUACUUUAUGAGUUUUUAUGUUUCAUUUAGAUUUUUCUCUCUGUCUGAAGUGAGAAAAAAUUGUUUUAUUUUCACAACUAAGUAAACAAAUAAAUAAGUGUUAAAAGCUGUUUUAACAAGUUGAUACAUUGCAAAUUCCUUUUUUCCUUUCGUGAAAAUAUGGUGUUAAUUUUAUUCAACAUAUUCUACCUUGUCAUACCAGUGCUGGCAAUGUAUGAUAUUUUCAAAUCUAUGCCGAAGAGUUUAGACACCCAAGCUUAAAUCAGAUUUUGGGCCCCCCUUUUAACCUUCUCCUGCAGACUUAAACAAGUAUUACUUUUUUCAUUUUUUGGUUACUAUUUAUUUAAGCCCUUGUAUAUGAUAUAACUAUAUAACUCAUCACUAUAUGAAUUUGUUUUGCUACUUUUUUCAAUAAAAGUCACUGAAAUUUUUUUAAACUAUGGUUAAAAUAAAGUUUUUUUGGCAUCUAUUUUAAAAUAAGUUUUUUUUAUUUUUGAAUCAUUAUUUUAAAAUAUGGGCACAGAUGAAGAAUUGUCUGUUCAAAUCCCCCAUCCACCUGCCUUUUUCCUUUUUAUUAGUGUUCAGUGGAAGCAGGAUGCUUUGAAAUGAUUAUGGUUUUUGCAAAUACAGAGCUUGGUCAGAAAUAGCUAUCACUCAAUGGAUUCAUUUUUUAAAACUUUCAGUGAGGCCAAUAAGACACUGCUGGACACCAAUGAUAAUCUGAGAGAGCUUUUAGACUCGGUCCCAAAUGGAACUCCCAGUUACAAGAGGGCAGCUUCAACUGAUGUAAGUCACUAAUGCAAUAGAAAUGUAAUGGGCUGGGUGAUAUUAUUAUGCUUUUCAAAUUAAAUAGUCAUUGACCGUAGAAAAUAUUAUUUUUAAAGACUAUACAACAUUUAUUAUGUUUUAAACCCCAAAAAACCUAUUGAUAAUUAGGUUUAAAAAAAAUGAUGAUUUUUAAUAAGUAACAUUCUUUAAAUUGGAAAAAAAAUCCUGUUUACAAUAAAUAAGCAAAGUUAUCAAAGAGUUAGUUUUAAUACAGACUUUUGACAAAUACAUUUUUAAAGAACAUAAUUUAUCUAUUAAAUUAAAAUGAAAAUUUGUAUUGCCUAUAUUUUAAAGUUUAUUGUUUGGUCUUAUAUUUUAAGUAUGAAGUUGCUUUUAAAAUAAAUAAAAAGAAUUCCUUUUGAUUUAGUAGACAGCAAACUUUGAAUGGGUUUGGUUGCCAUGUUUCACCUAUGCUCUGCAGUGCAAUAUUUACAAGAUUUUGUUACAUUUUUUAGACAAUUUUUAUAAUUUCCUUUAUUUACACAAAUUUGUAGUUUGAACUGGGUGCAUUGUACAAAGUAAGUGAAUUUUUGGAUGGAUUUAUGGUUUACUCUUUUUUUUCCAAACUAACUGCAAUCCUGUUUAACUCAUCACUAUUAAUAUUUUGUUCUUAAUAGAUUCUUUUAAAUGAACAAAUAGAUUAGCUUAUGAAUUUUAAGCAAUUAAUCAAAAUCAUACAACUACAAAAAACUUCAAAAUACAAUAAUAUUUUUAUUUUGUCAAAGUGUAGCUGUUAAAAUCUCAAAUAGUUAUCUCAUGAAUUUAAAGAUUCACUUUAAACAAAAUUAAAUAUAUUGUGUGAGCAUAUUUUGUUGUAAAUUUCUUAGCUGUCAUUGAAAAGAAAUCAUACAAUAUGCCAAUAAUAAGAAAUAAAGCAAAUACAUGGUCAUAUCUUAUUGUAAUUUUAUUUCUACAUUUUAAUUUAAUUUUUUUUUAUAUUUACACAUGAUGUUUAUUUUUAAACUCCACUUUGUGCUUAGGAAAUUUUUCUAUCACAGCAGGAAAUUUUUUAAAACUGCCUUGGGGAGUAGUAACUAUUAAAUUUUAAAUGUUGUGUUGCAACACACUAUUUCAUACAUAUGUUAUUUCAGUCAAAUAUUGUGUUGCGAGAUACUAUUACAUAGAAUAUGUUGUGUUGCAGCACAGUUAUAUCACUCAAGCAAAAUGUAACAUUAGCUUAUUAUCACAAACCAUGAUUUUCUUGUCCUUAAGCUCUACAAGUCUUUUUGCAUGGGAAUGUCUUUGUUACUCAUUUAUGCAAUUUAAGAGAAACAGAAAAUUAUAUUUAUUGCCCUUCAAUUUAUUUCUUUGUAGCACCUGAUAAAAUAGAUAUUAUUGAUUUUAUUUAAUGCCUAUUUUAAUCUUAUUGACCCAAAUAGAAUAUUUAAGAGCAUACCAGUCAUACCAAUUAAAUGUUUAUUUUUAAUAUCAGUGGUUAAUGAGACAUGAAGUAAAAUUAAUAGUAAUCUCUACUCAAUUGUUGUCUAAAGUUAUUUUUUUUUUUAAAUUCUUCUUUUCACUUUUAAGUGCUUCUUCUGAAUAUUCGGUGGUGGUGAAAUAUGACUUUUAAUAUUUUUCAUUUAUAUACUAUUCUUUUAAUUAAGUCAUUAACUAAGGUAAAAAAUGUUUAUUAGCAUAAAAAGCAAUUUAAUUUAAAUCUUUUUACCACUAAAUCACUUAUCUAACUUGUUAAUAUGACAUCCUAUUUAGACACACUGCAGCUACGUAUGAGUGUGCAAUACUUAAAUUAUUUAUUUACUGUAAAUUUAUUUUUCAGUCUGGUGCAAGUGCAAAGAGCAACCGUAGUUUAUCUCCAAACUUUCCAAGGAAAGGCUCAGUCAUGAGUGAUUAUGUUGAUAUGCAUCCUGGGUAAGAGAUAUGCAUUUCUCAACUUUUUAAAAAAAAACUAGUAGAACUUUGUUUUUCUGUUAAUUUAUGAAACAAAGACACUGAUGGAUCAAAUAGAUGGAUUUGUAAUAAAAGAUGCUAUUCUACUUUUAUCAUAUAUCUAGACUACUAGACCUUCCCGUUAACUUAUUAUUUUAUUAUAUUAUUCAUAAUAAGAAUAUAUUACCAAUAUAUAUUCAGUAAAAUAUUUUAAACAAAUUAAAUUACAAAUGAGCAAUUUUGUUUUUAUAUUAUAAUAAAUAUUUUUUUAAAUUUGAUUUUAAAAAUUGUAAAUUUGAAAAUCAUGGUAUUUAUAACAUUUGUAAAAAAAGAAAUGUGCAAGGAUCUGAUUAAAUUGUAAGUUUGUUUUAAAUUAUUAAGGGCAUUGUUAUUGAAGUUCAAUCAUUCCUGUUCAUUUUGUUGAAGUAAUUGUAUAUAUAGUAGUAGGAAAAAAAUCAUAUCUUUUUAUAAUUUUGAUAGGUUAUUAGUACAAAAAACAUAAAAUACUUUUUUAAAUUAUAAAUUAUAGUGAUACAAAAAUAGUUGCAUGGAUAAGUUUUGUUUUUUACCAAUAUCAUUGUCCUAAUCAAUAUUGCAAAUGUCUCUAUGGAGAAUAAUAUUAUUUUUUUUAUAGAAACCGUCCUUUACUGGAAUCAGGGAUGAUGCCAAGAUUUCUUAAUGAGAGCUGUGAGGAUGAUAACAUGGCUGAGGACCUAGGUGACCAUCCUGUUUUACUCUCUCCUGGUAUUUCACUCCCUCAUUCCAUCUUUUUUUUUUAAAUUUUGCACUCAGUUAAAACAAUUUUUUUGGUAGUCGGGUUAUUUGUCCCAAAUAGAUCCUUGUUUGUAAUUUUUCAACAUAUUGACAACCAUUUUAUCUCUAGUCAGUACAUUUUGAAAUGUGUUUUUUUCCCAAAUGUUUAAAAAUUAAUAUUGUCUUAAUUGAUCAUUUAUUUUUUAUUUUUAAUCCUAAAUCAAAUUUAUUUAAAUCAUGUUUAUUUAAAACUCACAACUUUUUUUGAGAAAGAUUGUACCCCACAGGAAUUUUCAAUCAUAGUUUCUUUUAUUUCAAUUCCUGUUAAAUAAUUGUUUUUUGUCACAAGUUUAUUAAUUGUUUUUUGUCACAAGAUAAAAGGACAGCUUUGUAAUCAUUUUCCAACCAUACAUUCAUACAUCUUUACUAAAAAUCUCAUGAAUGAUACCUUUUAGCCAUAGUGUUAACGUAAUUUAGUAUUUUGUUUACAGACAGUGGUCAUUCAACAAUGAGGGACAUCAAUGACAUCAAUGAUGACACAGAGCUUGAUAGUGUCAGUGUCCAAAGUGAUAUGCGCAGAAGUCGGCGUCACAAGAGACUGCGGACCGGCAUGAGAGUCCAGGAAGAGGAGGUGAGUUUGUUGUUUUCAAAGGCAGAAUGUGUGUUUCCCAAAAAUUUAUCUAGGCAGUAUGUUAAAUUUGUUCUAAAAAGGUAGUUAAAUAAUUUCUUUGAUUGUGUUCCCUGUUAUACCAUUGUUACCUAGACUUGGCAAUAUUUAGGACCACUGCAGCUAAGUACACUGUGUGCUUUCAUUUUACUAAAAGUAUAGUUCACAUCGCAAUUUUUUAGAAAUCUAUUGUGAAAAGAGUCUGAAAUACAACAUUAUUAGAGAUACAUUAUUCAAUUUUUUUAAAGAACUUCUGGCAGUACAUUUUCUGCCAAGGAAAUCAUUAAUCUUUAUGCCUGGGAAUCUAUAAGAAGAUGUCAUGUGACGUCAAACAAUAUUUUUUUUAAAGUUUACUUUAAAUUUUAUCAGGCUUAAAAGUUGUCUAAGAAAUUCUUAAUUGCAAACUAUUUGGGAUAUUUUAAAUGAAUGUUUCUUAUCCUCCUCACAGCCAGACUCACAUGAUGAAGAGUCUGAAACAGAGGAAACCAGGUCAUCCAAUCUAGACACGUUUCGAUUGCCUGACCACAAGAGGUCACCGUCUGUGGGCAGCAGGGGCUCCAACCGUAGUCAAAAGUCUCUCAACAGAGAUGAAUCUAUACUCAGUCAGUCUUCCAAGUCAAGUAGAGGCUCCAUGAGGAGGCAGCUUCCAGCUGUACCGGCCAAAGAUGUAAGUCUAAUAUUCUUGUUUUCCAUAUUGCCUGCCUGUCACAAAUGAAAUUGUUUUAAGAAAUUAUAAAUUAAACAAAACAUUUUUUGAAAUUUAAAUUUAUUCUGUGGCUUAAAUUUUUUUUAAGUACCUGUAAUGCCGACAUUAAAUGAUACAUAAUUCUAAUAUUAAACACCAAGUAAUCAAAUGUUGAAAGCUUUUAUCUAUAGGAAGAUCUUAUAUGGAAUAUAAAGCAUUUUGAUGAAAUGAAUACCAAACAACUUUUGCUUUUGUUUUACAAUAGCUAUCAGCAGUGACUAAAGUCUCUAAGGAACCAGAGCGCAUGUAUAAGAUUGUAUUGGCUGGUGACGCAGCUGUAGGAAAGUCCAGUUUCAUAGUGAGGCUGUGCAAAGGAAAAUUUGUUCCAAAUUUAAGCUCCACUUUAGGUAAGUUGUUGUUAAAUUAUGUUUGUUGCCUUUCUUGAGGUUACACAUUAACCGUUCCUAUUGUAUGUAAAUAAUAAAUUUCAUUUUGAAUGUAUUUGGCUUGGUUUGUUUUAAACAUGACCCGUCUUGUAACAGGUGUUGACUUCCAAACAAAAAUGCUGGAUGUGGAUGGACAACCAACAGCUUUACAGCUAUGGGACACUGCUGGACAAGAAAGGUUAGUACUUACUGAUUAGUCACGUUAUGAUUUAAUUCUUAGUUGUAGAAUUUUUUUUACAAAAAAAAAAAAACAGAGAUUUGUAUGUACGUUAUUCUGCAUGAGUAUCAUGAUGUAGCAGUUGAACACAAUUUUUCAUUAGAAAUACCAUUUAAUAAAAGUAAUACCAUUUAAUAAAAUUGUAUUAGUUCACUCACACUAAAUUAAAAUAAAGCAACCAUAGAUUUUUAUUAUGCCAGAUUUUAUGACACAGCUGGGAAAAGGUUACUAAAAAACUUGCUGUAAUUGUAGUUUUUAUACUGUCACACUCAUUGGUAUAUUCAUCUAUUUCUUUUUAGUAAAUCUAUCUAUAAAUGAUAGUUUAGUUAUUCAUCUAUUUCAUUUUAGUAAAUCUAUCUAUAAAUGAUAGUUUGAAUUCUGUGCAUAAUUCCUAUUUAUAAUUUUUUAGGUUUAGAAGUGUUGCCAGAACAUACUUUCGAAGAGCUGAUGGUGUCCUCCUCCUUUAUGAUGUCACGUAUGAGAGAUCUUUUCUCAACCUUAGAGACUGGGUGGAUGCUAUUGAGGCAAGUUAAAACUUGAAACUAAAACUAAAUGAGAAAUGUUGAUAUCAUUUUGUGUCAUGUUUUUAGUUGAGAUUUCUGCAAAAGAGAAAAGGUGUACUUGUACAGCUACAAACGUAAAUUAGAUUAUGCAGUUUUCAUUUGUCCCACAGUCAGACUUUUGCAUUAUAAUUCUUUUGGAGCUACAUGAAACAAAAUGCAGCUUAUUAACUUAAAUAAAUGAGCAGUAAAAAUAUUUAACUUACAGCUUUGAAACCUGAAUCUACGAAAAAAAUAAAAAAAUAAACUAGUUUAAAAACGUUUCUAUAUUUCAACUGAUCAUAUGAACACUUCUUUGUUUUCCUUUGACAGACCAACAGCCAGGUACUAAAAAAAAAAAUUAUAAAUAGAAUAUCUUAACACACUGUCCUAACUGCUUCAAUUAUUUUAAUCAGGGAUGCAAACUUAGAAAAAAAAAUGUAGGCUUCUUAACUGGUAUAAGCCCCCAACAUCAGCGUAAUUUGUUUCAGAUUUAAACUUUUAGCAUUCAGUUUUAAUGCCAUGAAAAUUUCAGUCACAGUGGCUCUGGUUAUAAUACUAAGGGAAGAAUUGAAAUAAUAAUUGCUUCUGCUUUUAAAACCCAUAGAUAACCCAGCUUUGAAUUUUCAUUUCAUGUUCCAGUUUUGACACUGCAGUAUUACUGUUAUCACUAAUUAAAUUGGUGUUGAGCGAAAAAUAACUUGUUUAAAUAUUAUUUAAAAAAUCUUUUUUUUUCAAAAAGGGGCAUAUUUUUUUUACUCUAGGGAAAAUUUUUGCAUAUUUAUCAAUCUAAUGUAAAAAUAUAGUGUUGAAACAUUUUUUGGUAGCUGGCAUCCUCCUUAGUUCUGCAAAAUGUUUCAUGGUUACUGACAUUUAGGAUCACAGCAGAAAUUAUUAUAUUUUAUGCUACACCUGUAGUGGAAAUAAAUGGUUUGCAUGAAAUUCAACUAACACAUAUGCAGAGGUGUAACCAGCUAAUAUAAUAUAGUUUAGUUACUAAUUCAAAUACUAACCUUGCUAAAAUUUACUACUUUAUUACUGGGAAUUUAAAAAAAAUUUCUACCUAAAAUCUUUUUAACUGCGUUUCUAAAUGAAAAAUACAUUAUAGAAAAUAAUACUAAAUAAGGCAUAAAGAAAUGUUAUGGAUUGUAAUUGGCCAACGUUAUAUCCUUUCAAAGCACUGAACAUUUUUAUUUCAUUUAAGGCCUUAAUGCAAAUUGAAUCUGUUUUAUUUUUUUAAUGUCCAUGACCUUAACACCUGGUAAAAUAAUGCAAAGGCUCCAUUUAACUUUUAGUUAUCGUUUUUUUUUUUCCAGUUUCUUAUUAGGAUAAUUAUGGGACAACAGAAUUUUGAUCCCUUACUUCCCCUCUUGUUAUAUGUCAUCACAGUUAAGUGACGCAACAAACUCUGAAUACCCUGCCCAAAAAAAAACAGUUUUUGAAAAUAAUCAUGUAGCCUUUACUUAUUGUGUUUCUAUUUUAAUAUUGGGAAGCAGUGUGAUGUGUUGUAAUAAGGAGAAAAUGUAUUCAUUGAAAAAGUUAAUUUCAGAAAUUGAAUCAUCAAAAAAACAUUCAUAGACUAAUUAAAAUUUAAGUUUAAAAAAUAAUUAUUUGAAGUCUUUUGUUUAAUACAUAACUUACAUGUCUUUUGUUUGAUACAUAUCUGACAUGUCUUUUGUUUGAUAAAUAGCUUACAUGUCUUUUGUUUGAUACAUAUCUGACAUGUCUUUUGUUUGAUAAAUAGCUUACAUGUCUUUUGUUUGAUACAUAACUGACAUGUCUUUUGUUUGAUGCAUAACUGACAUGUUUUUUGUUUGAUACAUACGGUAACUCAACUUGCAACAUCUGUUAGUUCAUCAUUUAAAAAUGUUUAAUUUACAGGAUGGAGCUCUCAAAAAGGUUCCCAUUAUGUUGGUUGGGAACAAAACAGAUGCAAGGCCUGAACUGGAACAUCAGGGUAGACGAGUUGUCAAAUAUGAUGAUGGUGUUCGGCUAAGUCGAGUAAGUAACAUUUAAAUCUGAGUGCUAGUGUUUCAUUUGUCUAUAAAUAUUUUGUUGUACUUUUUUUAUUUUAAUAUCUGCUACUGAUACAUAAUGAACUGUUCGUAUUGUAAGUUUUAAAUUUGAGCAUUUCUCUUAAAAAUAUUAGUCAUUAGUGCUCAACAGGGAACAAUGCAAUUUUUUUUUUAAAAGAUUAUUUUGUGUAAAGUGCACCAAAUCACUCAUUUAUCAAAAACUACAAUAUAACCAACAGAAACAUUGAAUGAGGUUUGAAUGUCCACUUCUUUUUUCUUCAGGAGAUUAAUUCCUUGUUUAUAGAAACCAGUGCUAAAGAUGGGGCCAAUAUUACAGAAGCUGUUAUUGAAUUAACCAGGUAUUAUUAUUUUAUCAAAGUUUUUUUAGUCGUACCAAUACUUUUAAUAACCUAACUAUAUGAAAGUAAAUUUAUCCAAUAGCUCAAUGCCUACAGGCAUAAUCCUUUUAUUACUUAAAUGUUAAAGAGUGGCAUAAUUUAAGCCUUUGCAUUUUCUAGUGUAACAGUAACAUUUUUGCAAUACUUUUAUUUUGUUUGGACUUUCAUCUAUCACCUUUUGAGUAAGGGUCACACUAAAUCAUUAAAUGCAGAUAAUUUGAAAUACCGGUAGUAUAAAUUCUAAUUAACAUUUCAUUUUAAAAGGGCUUCAGAUUAUUCUUAGAUUUAUGAAAUCUUUAAUGAACAGUCAUGGGGGGGAAAAAAACACAAAUAUUUCAUGAGUUCAAUCCUCUGUGUUGAAACCACAAAUUUCCAAGUUCUAAAUAUUUCCAUUUUUUACACAGACUUCUACGCACCAAUGAAGACAUGGAAGUAAAAACAGUUGGCAUGCAGUUGCAUGAUAUGAAGGACAAGAAAUCUGGCUCAUGCUGUAAAAGAUCUUAAAAUACACAAUUAAUAUAGUUCUUUUGAGAAAUCCAUUUCAGAAACUUUAUUUUAAAAAAAAUACUUUAUAUCUUUGCUAUAUCUAAAGAAUGAAUUGCAAUUUAAUAAAUUGUAAACACGUUUUUAAAAACUAUACAUUUUUAUAUUUUAAGGAUGUUAUUAUUCGUUUAUAAAAAAUAUUUUUAUAUUGUUUGAUGAAAUAACUUUCAUUGUCAAUGCUGGCAAUGAAACAUGUUUUUUAAAAAUUUAGAAAGAGGUGAACACAAAUUCAUUUAAAUUUGAUGAUAAGAUUUGACACCGGGCUGACAAAAAAAGCAGCAUUCAAUACAUUUCAGUGCAUUGCAUGCAAAUGAAUGUCACUACAACCUAAUUUUCAAAGUGUAACUAAAUAAUUUGACCACAUGGCUUCCGUCAUUGCAGAAUUGUGUAUUUAUCUUGUUUAAAAAGAAACAACAUAAAUAUAAUUGUACAAGUGUAUUAUUUUUAUGACUGGUGAUGGAUAGAUUCUCAUUCUACUAGUCUUUGUACUAAUUGCAGCAAAGAAUUUACUUUAUCAUGUCUCACUUUUCACAUGUCAGGUGUGUUUUAAUGGGCUGGUUCAAUAAUUAUGUAUUGAUAUUUUGUAAAUUCAACACCAUUGAGAAAUGCUCAUGAGAAGAAAGAAAAAAAAAAUGCUAUAGUGAUAAUUUUUGCCCUAAAAAAAAAAGAGAUAAGAAUAUUAAAUUAGGGAGUGGUGUUGUAAAUAUGCAGAUAUGUAAAUACCUUUUUGAGUAUUAUGGAAAAUAAACCAAACACAAGAAAUUAAUAAUGUUAAUAUUUAUUUUUAUUUAAUGAAUUACAAAUACUGUUCAUGUCAUUCAGAUAUAUAUAUAUAUAUCUCCGAACCUAUUUAUUAUAAUAAACCCAAAAACAUGGCUAAACUAUUAAAGCAAUAUGGAUA